AUGGCUACUUCUGAGAUUCCAAAGAAGCAAAAGGCGGCCGUCUAUGACCAGCCUGGGACUGUUUCAACCAAAGUGGUAGAACUAGACGUCCCUGAGCCUGGCGCAGGCGAGAACCCAUUCCGGUGUGUGCCAUUCAGACUACAGUAUCAUGACAAACUCUUGGAGCUGGCUUCCACACCCAACACAGCCCGGACAAGUUGGUGGUCACGAAGCGUCGGUAAGAUUGUGAAGCUCGGCUCUGGAGCCGAAUCUUCUGGCCUCAAAGUCGGAGACAGGGUGGGAAUCAAGUGGCUUUCCAGUGCUUGCACGAACUGUGAACCAUGUCAGGCCGGUGCGGAAGGACUUUGUGUUGAUCAGAAGGUCUCUGGAUACUAUACCCCUGGCACUUUCCAGCAAUAUGUUUUAGGGCCUGCCCACUACGUGACACCCAUCCCAGAUGGCUUAGAAUCAGAUGCAGCAGCACCCAUGCUUUGCGCAGGUGUCACCGUCUAUGCUGCCCUCAAACGAAGCAAUGCUCGACCUGGUCAGUGGAUUGUCAUCUCAGGUGCAGGUGGUGGACUGGGCCAUAUUGCUGUACAACUGGCCAGUAAGGGUAUGGGGCUGCGUGUGAUUGGUAUCGACCACGGCAGCAAAGAGGAGCUGGUCAAGGAAUCCGGUGCAGAACACUUCGUUGACCUCACGAAGUUUCCCACGGAUGACAAUGGCAAAGCUAUAUCUGACCAUGUAAAGUCCCUUGCUGGUGGCCUGGGCGCUCAUGGUGUCAUCGUCUGCACAUCUUCCAACGCAGCCUAUGCCCAGUCUGUGCAGUUCUUGCGCUUCAACGGGACAAUGGUGUGCGUUGGUCUUCCUGAGAACAACCCUCAGCCCAUCGCGAGUGCGUUACCCGCCACUUUGAUCGGCAAGCAUUGUUACAUUACGGGGUCGGCCGUCGGCAACCGGAGAGAAGCAAUUGAGGUCUUGGAAUUCGCAGCACGGGGAAUCGUGAAGACUCAUUUCCGAACGGAGAAGAUGGAUAAGUUGACAAGUGUCUUCGAGGAGAUGAAAGAGGGUAAAUUGCAAGGACGGGUUGUCCUGGACUUAUCCUAA